CUCGUCUGCAGCUUUUGUCGGGCAGAAAACUUCCUGAAUAAGACACCAACGCCACAACAAGAAGCGGCUGUAGUAGCAAACACCCGUAACGCCCGUCUGACGUUGUGUAACGAUUCGCGGUUCCGCCGUUUAACCACCAGGCACCCGCGACGAGAGUUGAUCACCUGCUCGAAACUGCUAACCUCGCGUUAGCGCUACACACUACCUGUGGGUAUUGCUCCCUGUAUCAUAACAUCAGCCACCCCCGGGCCAUCUGCACGCCGCUCACCCCGCUCUUCAUUGGGGAACAAGCUGCCCGCCGGUCCGGGUCUGCUCCCAUUCUGUCAGGCGCCCGCGAGUGAUUGAAUGAGUUGAAACUGGCAACGGGGGACAAGCGCGCAGACAAAGAGCCAUCGAUUGGUCAAGGAUGACCAUGGAGGACACGAAGAAUGAAGCCGACGCUGCCGCAAUCGUCUCCAUGGCUCUCUACACCGUGAUGUAUCCCGUCUUCAACCAGUUGGAGAAAGUGAACUUAUCGGCAGCACAGACCUUGAGAGCAGCCAUUAUAAAGGCAGAGAAGGAGAACCCCGGCCUGACCCAGGACAUCGUUAUGAAAAUACUGGAGAAGAAGAACUUAAAAAUCAACUACAACGAGUGUCUACUUCGCAUGGCUGCAGACGAUGUGAAAGAGUUCACGAUUGACAGGCGAGAGCCCGAGUUCCAGGAGCUGAACGAGAGAGCCCGAGCUUUGAAACACAUCCUCAGCACCAUACCAGAUGAGAUCCAUGACAGAGGAGGCUUCCUCCAGAGUAUCAAAGACAUUGCCAGUGCCAUCAAGGAGCUGCUCGACACAGUUAAUACGGUCUUUAGGAAGUACCAGCAUCACAAUAGACGGGCGCUGGAACAGCAGAAAAAAGAGUUUGUGAAAAACUCCAAGAGCUUCAGUGUCACUCUCAAAACCUACUUCAGAGACGGAAACUCCGCUUCUAUCAAAUCCGCCAUUGCUGAAUAAUUCCCGUGACCCAUUUCCUGUGGCUUCAUGCUGGCUCGUAUCCUCUGAAGCCUCACAUUCUCCAUUCCGGCCUGAUGAAAGUGUUUCUCGGAUCAAUCCUAAUGUUGUUGCCAUGGUUUCUUUGCUGUAUGAUUGACUCGUGUGUCCUUGUGUCUCUGUCACACUCGUUUCCAGAGUGAUGAACGUGUUUGUCAGCGCCAACCGCCUCACCCACCAGACCAACAUGAUACUGCAGGCCUUCAAGACUGUGGUGUAGCAGCCCACGAGGACACGCACACACACACACACGCACACGCACACGCACACACACACGCGCACAGACGUUUUUAUUAGAGAGUAGGUGAUAUGAGGCUUUGUAAUUUGUAAAGACAUUUUAUUAUUUUGGGCUGUAUAAUUUAUAAUUGUGUGGCUUAGACGGGAGAGCAGGUGGUUUGAUGUUCAAAGCAAAUCAGUUUGACAGUCAAUUGCCAGGGAUUUUUUUAUUCUCUCUUUUAUGUUCUUUUAUCAGAUUCUAAAGUAGAUAUUUCUCGGUUCCGUUAUAGAUUUUCCCGAUCAGUUCAGAGCUCUGUGGUUGUGAAAAAGUUCAGUAAAAUGUGAUUAUUUCCCAUGGUGAUUGCACAAGUCUAAAAAAAGUGGGAAAUAAGUGGUAUUCAGUUUCCAUACAUUUUCCCACAUGUUUGCACCUUUCCUCGUUUUAUUGUCAUUUCUCUCGGGGAUAAUCUUGAUCUAUACGGUGUGAUGUAAAUUGAAGUUAUGCCCUGCCUCCAUCGGCUUACUUCAUGAUCGAGUUCCAUCUGUCGGGAGCACGACCUGGAGAAACUGUUCAAUAUCUUCUUUCUUCUUCCUGCACGGUUCUGGUGGGCGCUGCUUCGGCCCGGGCGUGAUGGACACGGCCGCCCCGGGCGAGCAGCUGUGCUGUCAGAAACAUCUGUCACAUCUUCACAUUUACUGUCCGCUUACAAUUUAUCGUCCACGAUAUAAAAGACCGAUAGAGGUUGAAAAAUGACCCGAUCCAAAACUUAGUAGGAAGAACUAUACGAUGUGUUGGGGAAGUGUUGUACCCAGUCAGUUUUGUCAGCUGUUUCUAACUUUUUUUUUCUUGGGAUCCCUUAAAAAAAAAUAGUUUUUCUUGUGACACAAGGUGAGCACUUCAAUCACAUGCAUUUUUUUCCCUUCUGUGUUUAAUUUAAAGGAUUUUGAAAGAACUGAAGUGGUUGAUGGUAUUUUUUACUCGGGGGAGAUAAAUAGCUUAAUAAAUUUUUUGUGGAUUCCCUUUUUGUCCUGUAUUUAUCCAACAAUAAUAAACAUCGACUUGAAACAAUCCUAAAUUGAUGGUUAGGGAUGUUUUUUUUAAUUUGAAGAAUUGAAUCUUGACUUUGUUUAAACGCAUGUAAUCGACAAUGAAUGUAUCAUUUCUGUUUCCGUCUGUCUCUGACUCUUGCCACGGCUACGGCAAAAAUAACUUGAACCAAAUGUAAAUAAAAUUUCUCAAGAACUUCUAAACAAGU